AUGGAAGGUACUCUUUUAAAAUGGACCAAUUAUUUUAAUGGUUGGCAGCCGAGAUAUUUUAUUCUGGAAGAUGGCGUACUCUCCUAUUACUACUCGCAAGAUGACAUCAACAACAGUUGCAAGGGUUCCAUCAAAGUUGCAGCAUGUGAUAUUAAUGCUCACAGUUCUGAUCCUACUCGACUUGAUAUUGUUGUCCCUGGCGAGGCACAUUAUCAUUUGAAGGCAGCCACACCGCAUGACAGACAGUUAUGGCUUGUUGUUUUAGGAACUUGUAAGGCCUGCAACAAUAAUGCUGGCUUUCUUAUUGGCAAUCAAGCUAAGAAUGAUGCUGAAAUUUCAUCACAUGAUAAGUUAAAACUAAAGAAAUCUGAACUACUCACCUAUUAUGAUAUUCUAACUCAGCACACUUACAACAUUAAAAUGGCAAUUAAGGAUAAGACCAACCUCGACAUUCAGUUAUUAAACGAUUCAACAACGUUGAUUGGUGAGACUUGUGAAAGUUUUGUAAAGAGUUUGGACGAAUGCCUGAGAUUGGUUGAGACAAGAAAUCACUCAUCAUCAUCAUUCUCAUCAUUUCAGAGCAGCCCUACGACACUUAAAGUACCUUCAUUCAUUCAUUCAUUCAUUUUUUCAUUUUUAUCCAUCAAUUAUUGA